AUGGUACGAAAAGUGCAAAAGAGUAAAGAGCGGCCAGUUUGCUUGUUGCCAGGAAUUGGGAUGGAAGCUGAAAGGGGGCAACCAUCCAGAAGUCUAGAUUGCUUUCGGAAAGAUGAGAGCAGGCGCACAGAAAAGUCAUUUUCUUUGCCGGCUAGUAACUUAAGCAACCCGAUUGUUAUUGGUUCUGAAGUACAGUUAAGGGAGAAACAGCAACAGAACAAGGGGUUUGUUUCUAAAAGAAGGAAGGGGCAAAGUACUGGGGAAAGGAAUGCAAUCGGAGCAGACUGUAAUGAUGAUGUGGGCAUAAAAUGGAAAGGCGAAAUGGCUUUGGUGGAAAGACGUAAUUCAAGGAAGGCUGUCCGGAGUAUGACGGAUCAGCCGAAUGAUUCUGCUUCUAGAGUUUGUUUGCAAACUAAAUUGGCAUCAUGGGUGAGGAAGAAAAGAGAGAGAUCCUUGCUGGGAAUGGAAUCUCAUGACAAAGAUACAACAGCGGAGAAAAAUAGUCUGAGUUCCUUGUUGGAACCUGAACGAAAAAUCAAAAGUUGCAUGAAGAAUGCAAGGAGCUUGAGGAAAAAGCACAGCUGUCCCUUCCUAAAACCAAGUAUUUGUUUAAUGGGAAAGGAUAGGAGUUCUGUAACAGGGCUAGAAUCUCAGAAAGUAACUAGGGGACUGCAGAAAAGCAAAAGCUGUUCUGAACCGGGACCACACCAGAAAACAUGGAACAUGAGGAAGAAGACUAAAUCGGUUUGGCAAGAGCAAAAAGCUUUUAUGAACCCAGAGAAAAGUCAAAUAACAAAUAGGGGGUGCUUGUCUUUUAAGUUAAAGUCUGGUAUACAGAACGUAAGCCCGAGAACUUUGGGAGAAAGAGGGGAGAAUUCUGUUGCAGGGAAUCUAGCAAAAUUACGUGUAGGUGCAGAAGUUCUAAAACAAAAUAGCAAAUGCCUGUUGAAGAGUGUAGCAAAUCAAGAAGAGAAUGGAAGGUAUAGGGACACUGCAGAAAAAAAGCAUAAAAUGGUAACCCGAGCUUCUUUGAAACUAGUGGUGUGCAAAAAUGAUAGUAAGAACCUGAGCUGGACACCAGAGAAGUCUGUUUCAGAGGUUCCUGGGUGUAGACAAGUGAUCUGUGAGGAGAAAAUGAUGGAUUGUGGACCCACAGAGGAUCUACUGAUUACCAGAGUACAUGGUAGGAUUAAGAAACAGAGAGAUGGAAAGGAUGAAGUUCUGACUUCAACUGAACUAAAAAAAAAGACCAGAACAUCUAGAGAGCAAGUCCAUGAACUUUCAAGCAUACAGCAUGGAAAAGUUCGCAAGACUGGUCUGAGUACUUAUCAAGAUUGCAAUAUACAAAAUCUGCUAGAGCAAUCUGCAAGCCUUCCAGUAUCUAAAUUGGAUGAGACUGAAAACAAAGAUCCUGUCAUCCCUUGUUUUGGAGCGGAUACUUCCUUGUUUCCUGUUACAAAUGCCAAUUCACAGCUUUUGGGCACAACAGUAGCUGAAAAUGUGGAAACAAAUGCACUGGUAGUGCAGCAAAAUGAAGAAUGCAAAUUGUUUUCUAGGCAUAAUACUUUGCCAUAUACAGUAGAAAGGACUACUAUUCCAGUAGUGAGAUUGCUUGACUGUCGUUACAUUAAGGCACUCUUGACACCUACAGAUUUUGAGACCACCCAAAGCUGUAAGGUUCACUCUGGAUCUCUGCAUGUUGCACUUAAUCAGUGUAAGGUUUUGUUCUCUAGCAGGGAUAUGGGACAGAACGAUUUGAGUCGGAGCCCUAAUAUAGUAAAAGCUGGACAGUCAUUUCCAGAAAAAAGUACAUUGGUUGAAAAAGAGAUGUGCCAAAAUAUUAAGAACUCCUCAAGAUGUCAAAAUAGAAAGCGAUCCAGGGAAAGUAAAAUGUGUUUAGAUUUCAAAAAGUUAAACAAAGGGGUUAAAGUGCUUGAGGAUCUGGAAAAAAUAACAGACCAGGAAGCUUUCACAAGUGUGAACAUACACAGCGAAUGUGGAUUACAAAUGGAGAAUAAAACUGCUGUAACAAGUUCAAUGAUUUUGGAAAACCCACUCUACAAUGAAACAACUUUAUUUUCUUCACUUGGUCAUACACCUGAUUUUGUUCUUAAGCAGGCUGUGCAAAAACCUCAAAAUCAACGUGCCAAAUUAUCUCACGGUACAGAGAUGAGCAAAGCACACUUCAUCAAAAAGGAAAAUGAGUUAAGUAGCAUAGAACCACAAAUUUGCUGUAGUAAUAAAUUGGUUGAUAACUCUAUAAGGGAGACAUUAGUCAGUCAGAAAAUUACCGACCACAACAAUAAUGUUGCUGGGUGUAUGAAAAGAGAAAAAAGAACCGUCAAAGAAAACACAAUAUAUAAAGUUAGAAAGAAAUUGGUGCUACAAAGCUGUCAAAGAGCAGUACCAAUUUCUGGUAAAAAUGUUUGGCCCCGUGAAUCGUGUGCUAGAACAUACUUGUGGUUUGGUAAAAAUCAUGCAUCAGACUCAAAAAGAGAAUUUUUAAGAGUUUCUGAUUCAGUAAUUCUCUCUCGCCAGGCAGAGCUACAUAAGCCAUUGGCUUGUACUGUCGAAACUUCUGCAUAUAAGGUAAUGGAUCAUAAAACGCAACUUCCCAAUGAAAACCCAACCUCAGAAUCUGUAGUUCAUAUAUGCAAGGCUCACUCAGCUACUGCUAACAACAGAAUUUCCUCUAUGGGUACGGAGGAGAGACCUAAACAUUGCACAUCUAGCACUAAAAAUGUAAAGAAAUCAAAAAUAGCUUUAAAUUCACCAGCAAAAGAGGCUAAAAAUAAAGGAAGUAUAGCAAAGAGAAAUAGUUCUAUAGAUACCCAUAAAAAUGGUGUUUGUUCAGAUAGUGGAAAACAUAGGAAGACAUCAGUUCUCAAGCAAGAACCGCUAAUCAAAGGGAACCUAUCAAAUUUCAAAAUUCCUUUACUGAAGGAUAAAAAUGAAUCCAGAAAAAGAGAAUAUACCAGAUUGUCAAGAGAUGUUUGCAAUCCUUUGGACAUCCUAGAUUCUACUGUGUCAGUGAAGAAAGCCAGAGGUAAAGAGAUUUCGUCCAAUGUGAAUUGUAGACAUCAGUUCAAGUCAAAGGAAGUUAGUGGAAUUACUGUCCUAGAAGAAAAUGCAGACCAAUUUGACAGUGUUCUUGAAAGCCUUUAUAAAGAGAGAAGUGUUCAUAAUGAAGGUGUGAAGACUUCCCAUGAGAGAGAAUUGGAAUUGGCAGAUUUGAAAGAUAAGCCUGAUACUUUGAGUACUGGUUAUAUGGAGAUUCAAAACCACAACUCUGCUGUGGUAUUGGAAGUGCCAACUAAUGAUGAAAGUAGUUACAGCAAUAACUUUGCACAGGACAAAGCUAACUUCUCUGCAGAGGUUGUUAAGGCUUAUGAAGAUGAUGUUCUUGUGAUUGAUGUAAUUCAGGAUGACCCUGAUCUGUUCGGAGAAACCAAGGAAGAAGAAAAAGGGCAUUGUACCCAAACCAACUUGAAUGUCAGCAUUUCCAUAAAGGAAGAAAUGGAAUUAGAACCGGAACCCCCUCGGCUUCCACAGAAGAGACAUUUGGAUUGCUGUCCUAGAGAAGAUCCCAUUCAGUAUGAUAGAACAUUGGACUCUUUCACAGAUAUUGGUGUUCCACUGGCAGAAGUUGAUGGAAGUAAAUCAGAAUUCCUAUGUGGAAUAAGUUCUACAGGAGGUGUAGCAGAAUCCUGUUUUGAGGAUGGGCACUUGAGCGAAUCAGAUUAUGUUAUAAAGAGUUCUGACGCAAAUGAAAAGUCAAAUAAGCAUCUUUUUCCUCAUUUGGAAUUUAGUGAGAGGGCUCAAUAUAUUGAAUCUACGAGCCUUGAUCAUCGGCUAGAAUUGACAUUUCCUGCUAUGAAAACUGAUCGCCGGCAGCAAGUCACAGCAGUGAAACCGUGGAAUUCUGAGAGGGAAAUGAAAGACUACUCUCUGGUUGCAUUGCAGACUUAUCUAGGAUUGAGUUGUCUACCCCGUGGAUACUGCAGAAUUCAUUUCAAUACAUUGAAUGGUUGUCAGAGAGCAAAUUGCCAGUAUUCGCAUUCACUUGCACCAAGACAUGAAAAGCUUUUCAUUGAAAUACUUAAUACAUAUAUAAGUAUUGGUAAAGAGGUUUUGUUGCAGCGUGCAGCCCAAGUAUUUAUAGACUACUGCAAAAAUGGUGUUUCUGAAAAGCACUUGGAUUCACAAAUGCUAAAUAACCUGCUAACAUCUUUGCUCCGGUGCUGUUUGCUGAAAGAAUUAUUUCAUGUAUUCCGCACUAGCAUAAUGAUUAAAAUACUGCCAACUGUAGACAUUCUCCUCAAUGUCUUUGAACAAGUGGCGUCCAUGAAACUAAGAGUCUUAGUGCCUGAGUUAAUUGACAUAUCUUGUAAGCUUUGUGAUGGUGGAAUGGUUUUUAAAGACGAACACGUUGGCUGCAUCACCACAUUCCUAAACCAACUACAAGUUUCCAGUCAGGAACAAGCUAUUUUUUUGUCCAGAUUUCAGGCAAGACAUUUCCAUAAGGCUAGCGUUUGUGACUUGGAUUCAGCAAUUGCAGAAUUUCAGCAUUGCAAAGAAAAAAGUGACUGGGCCAAACUGGGAACUUUAUAUGUUAAUGUGAGAAGUGGAUGUGAAAAUUUUGGUGACCUUGAAAAGUACUCAUUAUGCAUUGCUAAUAUCCUGACCGAUUCAGUGACAGAAGAGAGACCAGGCGUUCCUUUUUGUGAAUUUGCAGUUGCAGUUAAGGCUGAUGCUUGUCACAAUGCAACAGAUACAACUUUAUUGGGAAGGAUUGGUAUCGGUGCUAUGUUUUCAUAUUACAAAGUACAGCAGUGGCCAAAGGCCAAGAAGGUUCUGGAUACGCUUCAUGCCUUAAAGAUACAUUUCACUUUUUUGAAAGGACUUCUUGGUCAGGAGAGAUUGGCAUCACGGUGCCACAUUGUUAAUGUUGCUGUGGAAAUAUUUCUCAAGUGCAGGAGCCUAGAUGGAGCAUUAUGGGUAUUGAGAGAGUCGGAAUGGAUAAUAAGUACUCCAACAUGGCCUUGUGAUCGAAUGGAUGUCCUCAAGCGACAUAACCUGCUAUAUGUAAUAGCAUCUGAAUGCAUUGCAAAGAGCCGUUAUGGAGAAGCAUUUGAAGUCUUGCAAAAUCUACCAGGCUUCCAGAAUUCUUGUAAUAGUUUGGAUGUAGCCCAGUACAGGCGUUUAUUUAAUAAACUGCUAGGUGCUUCUUUAGAAAGCCAGAAGCUUCAAAUAUCAUCUACUGUAGUAGAUUUCAUGCUUGCAAAGAACAUUCCCGUUGAAUUUGAUUUACUUAGAGCCUUAAUCACAGCACUUGGAAGAGGCUGUUGGUGGCUUAAAGCAAGGACACAUUAUAAACAUGCUUUAGCAUUGGGUUGCUACCCACCACUGGAAGUAAAUCUUCACCGUAAAGUUCUUCUGAUUCCCUCUUACAUGACUGAGAUUGAGAUGCUGUUAGCAAUUGAAAUUUUCUUGGUUUCUAAUGCUAGUAGUAUUCUGAGUCCUGGUGCUUCCAAUCAAAUACUUCAAAUAGUACUGAAAAGAUGUGAAGGCAUUGAAGAUAACUAUCAAUGUGCAGUGGAGAGGUUGAUUCAAGCUACUAACAUAUCUACUCCAAAGCUUUUCAUAAAGCAUUUCACAGUAAAUAGUGGCACGGAGCAAGUGUGUAGUUUGGAAAACACUUGUGUACUUGAGUGGUUGAAAGAGAAUAUGAAGUGGGCAGGAAAAGUCUGGCUUUUUUAG